CGUAAAUUAGCCCGAAGCUUCGUGAAACAAUAGAGGAACUGUCGCAACAGUGUCGUCGCUUUACGUCAUCCCGCCAUUUUAAGUUGAGGACAAAUAUUUUUUCCUGGCAAGAAGCUAACCAAGCUGAAGCUCAAGUAUAUUCAACUGUGGGGAAACAUCUUGCCUUGAACAAUUAGAGUGCACGCUCUUAUUCCACGUUGCCUGAUUCGGGCUCUCUGAGUUUUAAAGGGAUUGAAUGAAGAGUUAAGGUGAAAGAUGACCCAGUUUUUACCCCCCAAUCUGCUGGCCCUAUUUGCGCCGCGGGACCCCAUACCAUUUCUGACCCAGUUGGAGAAGCUUCCCCAUGAGAAACACCACAACCAGCCAUACUGUGGCAUCGCUCCCUUCAUCAGGCACUUUGAGGAUCCCCGAGAUGCCCCUCCCCCUACUAGGGCAGAAACUCGUGAUGAGAGGUUGGAGAGAAAGAGGAGGGAGAAGAUUGAGAGGAGGCAGACUGUUGUGGAGACAGAACUGAAGCUCUGGGAUCCACACAAUGACCCCAAUGCUCAGGGGGAUGCCUUUAAGACCCUGUUUGUGGCGCGUGUUAAUUAUGACACAACGGAAUCCAAGCUUCGCCGUGAGUUUGAGGUCUACGGGCCCAUCAAAAGGAUCUACAUCGUCUACAACAAGCAGUCAGGGAAGCCCAGAGGCUACGCCUUCAUAGAGUAUGAGCACGAGAGAGACAUGCACUCUGCCUACAAGCAUGCAGACGGGAAGAAGAUCGACGGAAGGAGAGUGCUGGUGGAUGUAGAGAGAGGCCGCACUGUGAAGGGAUGGCAUCCCCGCAGGCUAGGCGGUGGUCUUGGUGGGACAAGGAGAGGCGGGGCUGAUGUCAACAUCAAGCACUCUGGAAGAGACGACACCUCACGUUAUGAUGACCACCCCCCAAUUGGAGGGGAACGUGAGCGCGAACGUGGACCUGAGCCCAGAGGGGAACGCAGAGAGCGCAGCCGUGAGCGCGAACGGGUGGGGGAGAAAGAGCGCGGUGGUGAGAGACGGAGGUCCCGGUCCCGGGAAAGACGCAGGCGCAGCUCCCGCUCCAGGGAGAAGGGUGACAGGGGUCUGGGCCAGGCAGGGCCCGGAGAGGAGAGCGUAGUGAGUGGCAGGAGGAGAGACCGAGAGAGGGAGCGGGGGGGAGGAGGGCCAGGGGGAGACAGUCAUAGCAGGGAGAGGAGCAGAGACAAAGGUGAAAGGAAGCGGAGGAGCCGCAGCCGAGAGCGCAAGCGAGACCGGGAGAGGGGCAAGGGUGGUGAGGGGGAUGAGGGCUUGGGGCUAGGAGAUGGUAUGAUGGGGGAGGGAGGAGAGAGGAUGCCCGAAGAGCCUAGUGUGGGUGAAGAAGUGGGAGAGGAGCGCGGCGGGAAGGAGCGGGACAGGGACAGGGAGCGGGACCGUGACCGGAGGCGCAGCCACAGGGACAAGGACCGGGAGAGGGACCGGGAGAGGCACAGGGGGGACAGGGAGAAAGACAGGGAGCAUAAGAGAGACAGGGAGCGUGGUGGAGGGGAGCGCAAGGAGGACCGGCAUGGCUCUCUCCUGCUCCCCUCGGCCGAGCAGGGCGACGUGGGUAACGGGGAGGAGGGCGACGCGCCGCCCCAGCCAGAGGAGAACAGCCAGGAUGGGUUGACGAUGGACCAAGAGUCGGUGCAAUCGGGGGAGGGUUACGUUUCCAAUGAGAACGGCUACAAGAUGGAGACCCAGGCAGACGAGUAUUGAGGGGCUUUGCCGUCUUUACUAAUUUCCUUUUUUUUUUAUACAACACAAACCCACAUACCCCUUCCCUGUUAGUGUGAAGGAUAUUGUAAUUAGCUGCUGCCCUGUUAGAAACCACAACGGCGCAGUGUAGGCACAAGAAACAAACUGUCCGUUUUGUGGGUUAAGUAGGGGUUUUGUUUCUUCUGUAUUUUAACCCCCAGGGCUAGGUCCACACCACAAUUAUUUUAAACCCGUCCCUCGGUAACAAACUGAGAACGGUGCUCACUAUCCCUUAACAUUCACAUUCUCCCCCAACCGGAACUUUAAUCUGACAUUCUGCUCUGUCAAGUACUUGUCUGAUUACAAUCACUUUAUGAGCGAGGCACAGAUGGUGUAGUUGUGGUGAAAUAUUUGUUUAUCUUUUUCUUAAUCUCUGUUGGUGUAUUUUUCUUUAUUCAAACAGGGUUGUUGGGGUUAAGUUUUGGUUUUAUUUAACAUUUCCCCCCAUGUAAUUUGAAUGAAUCCAUGUUCCCACAAAAGCAGUACCCUAACCUAUUGUUAGAUUUUUUUCCCCCUCAUCAUUUUAGAGCCUUCAUGUUCCUUUUUUACUUUAAAGUACAACACUGAAUGUCUUACUCAACUGUCUGGACACAUUCUCCUACCCUCAAGAAAAUGUACAGCAACAGUUAGGUUUCCAUUCAAUUGGCGACAGAUUUUCAUGCACAUAUUCUUGAAUCCCCAUAAAAAAAUUAUGCGCAUGUUUCCAUCCUAUUGACUUGUUGCAAAUAAAAGCAUUUUGUGGUUAAAUUCCCAUGUAUCAAAAAUGAAAAGCUAGUCAAAUGGGUUUCAUCACAUUUUCAACUCCACUGAUUGCGUUUAUAGCGAGUGUGCUCACUUUGGUAUUGGCAUGUAUGCUCUAACCAAUAGCACGAUCUGCGUGCUGUUGGCUAGAGCGCACAUAUAGCCUACAUAACGACAUCAUAUGGACAAAAUAGUGUUUUAAUUUUUUUUUUACAGCCAAACGUCACCAGACGAAGACCCUAGAUACUUAUUAGAAAGUAGCAUCAAGCUAAUUACCUUGCACUGUCACCACCCUGUGAAGUUCAUCAUUUAUUUCAUCUGUAGUUUAAUGAACAGCAUGCUUUCCCGACUAGUUGUAGUGGGAGGACAACAUGACUCCCAAGUUUACUUCAAUAUGAUGGUUAUUGUAUCAAUAUUUGCUCAAGUGUUUCCACUGACAUUUCUCUAAUUUUACUGACAAGAUUCCACUUUGUCUAGUGUAUUUUUGUUUUGUUGACAUUUGGAUCAUUUACCCCACAAAUGUCUAAGGCCUGUCAUUACUUUUGUAUCUGAUGUACUUUACUUACAUAAAGGUUGGCUGGAAACCUGGUUAUUGAAAAUGAAGGAGGGGGGGGUGUAAGGAAAUGUGUUGCAAAGUGCAUGUCCAAGAGUUGGCAAAUAUUGCUUAUUUUUAUUCUGUAAAGCAAGUUGGAGGAACCCUCUGAAUGGAAUUGUUCUGAUUCUCCUGAAAUAAAGUUCCAGUUUUUUUUGUUGAA